AGGAGGAGGAGGAGGAGGAGCCGGAGCCCGCGGCCCGGGCGGCGGUAGCGGCUCUCGAGUUCUCCGUAGGGCCCCGCCUCGAAGCGGGCGGCGGUGGAGGAGGAGACUGAGGAGCAGGAUGGCGGCCUCGGCCCUGUACGCUUGCACCAAGUGUACCCAGCGCUAUCCCUUCGAGGAGCUCUCCCAGGGCCAGCAGCUCUGCAAGGAAUGUCGGAUUGCACAUCCUAUUGUAAAAUGUACUUACUGCAGAUCAGAAUUUCAACAAGAGAGCAAAACUAACACAAUUUGUAAGAAGUGUGCUCAAAAUGUGAAGCAAUUUGGGACGCCCAAGCCUUGUCAGUACUGUAACAUAAUUGCAGCAUUUAUUGGUACCAAGUGUCAGCGUUGCACAAAUUCAGAAAAAAAAUAUGGACCACCUCAGACCUGUGAACAGUGCAAACAACAAUGUGCUUUUGAUCGGAAGGAGGAAGGAAGAAGAAAGGUUGACGGAAAGUUAUUAUGCUGGCUCUGUACUUUAUCAUACAAAAGAGUUUUACAGAAGACGAAAGAACAAAGGAAGAGCCUGGGAUCAUCACAUUCAAAUUCAUCUUCUUCAUCUCUUACUGAAAAAGACCAGCAUCAUCCAAAACAUCAUCACCACCAUCAUCACCAUCACCAUCGUCACAGCAGUAGCCAUCACAAAAUCAGCAAUCUAAGUCCAGAACAAGAGCAGGGACUGUGGAAACAGAGCCAUAAAUCCUCUGCAGCAAUUCAGAAUGAAACUCCAAAGAAAAAGCCCAAAUUGGAAUCUAAGCCAUCUAAUGGAGAUAGUAGCUCUAUAAAUCAGUCAGCAGAUAGUGGGGGAACAGACAAUUUUGUCCUUAUAAGUCAGCUGAAAGAAGAAGUGAUGUCACUUAAGCGUCUCUUACAGCAGAGAGACCAGACCAUUUUAGAAAAAGAUAAAAAGUUAACUGAACUAAAGGCAGACUUUCAGUACCAAGAGUCAAAUUUGAGAACAAAAAUGAACAGUAUGGAAAAAGCUCACAAAGAAACUGUGGAACAACUUCAGGCCAAAAACAGAGAACUACUCAAACAGGUUGCAGCCUUGUCAAAGGGUAAAAAAUUUGACAAAAGUGGAAGCAUACUAACAUCUCCUUGAGAAAGUAAUUUGUUUAGCAUUUUUUCUUACAAUGUAAAUUUGAGGAAAAAAAUUCUGUGAAGCCCUAAAUUCUGUGUAGUAGAAAAAUAUUUUUGCACACCAAAUGAAUUGGUGUGUUUCCUAUUCACUUUUGUAAUUGAUAUACAGCAUUUUUUAAGUUGUAAAACAUUCAAAUAAAACUUCAACUGGUUUGAAGUAACUUUUUAAUUAUUUGAUAUCCAGGAACUUUUUUGCCAGCAAUAGUAUUAAACUGUUGUAAAGGAGUGCAUGAGUAGUGCUCUUUAUAAAACGAAACAUGCAAUAAUAGAGUAGAUAUGGUUUAAGAAGUCAGAACAGCAGGAUUUUUUGUUCUUUUUUUUGUUUUACACCAUGCUAAUUUCAGACAAACAGUUUUCAAUUUAAAAAUACAAAAACUUUUAAACUCGAAAAAUGGUGAACACUGGUUUUUUGGGAAUUGUGUUUUUACUUUGCAUCAACAUGAAUUUAGGAGAAAAUCAUGGUGCUUUUUAUUAAAUGAACUUCAAAUAUAUGUAAAUUUGUUUUUUAAAAUUAUAUCAUUAAUGUUAGUAACCUAGCAUUUUCAUUAUUGGUAUAGGAAUUAAUGUUUAUUGUACAGUAUCUAAGGUAAAAUGUGUUUCUGUUUUGUAAAAACGACUGUAGAUUUUUACUUACAAGUGCCUUUUUGCCACCUAAUGUUUUUAUUUAUAGGAAUGCUGAUCUUUUGUACAUACAGUUUGUUUUAAAAUCAUGUUUAAUAAAUGUUUGUAUAUAAAUGCAUAUGUACAGAAGCCUAUUUCAAAAGGAAAUCAAAAUUGCUAGUAAAAUGUUUGAGAUUGCAUUAAGAACUAACUGAUAAUGCAUAUAGACUUUAGAAAAUUUUGUGAUUUGUUUCUGUGUGAUAAGGGAAGCUGUUGGUCUUUGAAUUCAUUUAUGUCAAAAUAGUUCCUCAAAGAUUUAAUUUUAAAUUGCUUCUUAAAGAGUAAUUUUAUUUUUUAUUUCAUAUGGCUUCAUAUUCAUAUUUUGUGAGUUACAUGUUUUGCUUUAUUAUUUUUUAUAAAAUUUCUUUAUAAUUUUAAUGUUUCUACCAUGAUCCAUAUAUCUUCUUUCCCUGUGUGUGGUUAUCUAAGUUAAUAUUUAUGUACACCGUACUUAAUUUAAAGCAAAUCUGAAAAAAAUUAACCGUUUAAUCCAGUCUGUGAUAAUCUUUGAAUAAAUUGGAAUCUAAUAUGAGAUUCAGGAACUAUAAGUAAAUUGUCUCAAAGUCUUUAAAAUUGUCUAUAAAAGGUUAAGGUAGGGUGGGAUAGGUUAUGUGAAGUUAUUGACUAAUUAUAUUCUGAUCCAGUGGUUUUCAGCCUGAAAUGGAAUUUAUCUCCUAGUUAUUAUCAGUUCAGCAUUUUAGUUUGAUUUUAGUAUAGUUGGAUACACUGUGUAGAGUGAAAGAGUUGCUUCUUUUAGGAAUUUAUGGGCAAAGAUAAAUUUGCUUCAUGUAAACUGUUACUUAUAUCAGUUUUAAAGGUUUUUAUACAAACAUUGAUUAUGAAUAUCAUUUCAAAGAUUGGCUUUCUUAACACAUAUGAUUGUAACAAUUUUUUUAGCAUGACGUGUUUCAGUAGAAUAUUCUUGUAGUUCAUUAUAAGGUGAUACCAAAUAAUUCUUUGUCCACUUUGAAAGCAUAAUAUGGGUAAUUUUCAAGUGGUAGAAAAGAUUCAGUCAGAGUCUUGUAAACUAAACAGUUUAUUUUUACGGGAUCUUCGUGUAAUAAUAAUCUUAAAUUUAGUACUUUCAACCAUGAUAGACAAUGCCUUAACAUGGAUUUUAACGUUUGCAGGAUUUGCUAAAUUCAUAAAAUAGUUAUUACCUUUCUUUGAAAUUUGUAAUGUGUUAUAUUCCUGUUUCAUAGCCAUUUGUCAAUCCACAGUGGUCAUUAUGGUUUUACUUUGUGGUAGUUCUUAUACCUUGUUGGAGAAACUACAAAAGAAAGUUGUCCUUGUCCUUCUCCUUAGCUAACAUUAAAAUUAAAAAUAGUUUAAUGUUAGCUAAUAUUAAAAUUGAAGGCAAUUGAGUUUUAAUGUUAGCUAACAUUAACAGUCUCAUAAUUUAGCUUUGUAAAUUCCAAGGCUAAAAACCUUUCAUGGGCUUCACAGUAUUUAGUCCUAAUUAAGUACCCUCUCUUAUUCCAUGACCUUAUAACUUAAUUUUUUUGCAAUUGUAUAAGCUAGUAAAUCAGUCCCAGUCCUGGAUCUGUAGUGUUUUGACAUAAGAAACUCAUAUUCUUUAAAUGUGGACCUGUAAGAGAUAAUAUGGUGUGGUGUAUUGUGCUUUUAUUCCACUAUUAAUUAGCAUUAACCAGUGAGGGUCAUUUUGGCUCAAGUUAUUUAUGUAUUAAUAGCCUGUGAAUAUUACAGUCCUUUUUAGAUUAUAUUGGUCUAAAUAAGCAUUCUGCAGUGAACCUGUUAAGCUGUUCACAUGUAUAGACUAUUGAAAUACUGUACUUGUACACAUCUGACUGUUGACAUUUUGUACUUUUUUCUAGAUCCAGUAUUUCACAAUAAAAACUUGUCAAAGGCUUUGUAUUAGUUUCCAGUGGCUGCUGUGACAAAUUUCCACAAACUUAGUGUCUUAAUACAACAAAAAUUAAUUAUCUUAUGGUUCUAGAGUCCAGAAGUCCAAAAUCAGGUUCACUGGGCAAAAGUAAAGGUGUUAGUAGGGUUUGUUCUUUCUGGAGGCUCUAGGGGAAAGUCUGUUUCCUUGCCUUUUCCAGCUUCUAGAGCUGCAUUCCUUGCAUUCUGUGCGUUCAUUGACCCUUAUCUUCAAAGCCCAAAUUGUAGCAUCUGAAAUCUGUCUCUGCUGCUGUCAUAACUUCUCUCUCAGAGUAUCUCCUUCUUGUUCCCUCUUAUAAGGACCUGAUGAGAAAAGUAUUGGCUCCACCUGCAUAAACAAGAUAGAUUUUACAUCUCAAGUUGUUAACCUAGUCACAUCUGCAAAGUCCCUGUAGUCAUAUAAGGUAAUGUAUUCACAGGUUCCAAGGAUUAGGGCAUGGACAUCUUGGGGGACCGUUAUUGAACUUACCAUAGCUUCAUCUACAUUUUGCCUCCUUUUCCCAGUAUGAAGUCUUAAACGACAGAUAACAUGAAACUAGGGGUUUAGGCCAAACAUUAGAAACGAUUUUCCUAUCUGUUCAUUCAGACCAUUUCAGUGCAAUGGAUAUUUUCCUGGAAGAAAGAAAUUUGCAUUUAAUUGAGUAAGUAUUUCACGCUAUAUGUAGUUAAAUUUUUGAAAACUUUGGAACAUCACUAGUACCAUGCUAGGUUCUUUGAUACUUUAAAAGUUGAAGGUGUAAUUCUUUCAUUUAUAGACUAGUCGGGCAGAUAAUAUACUUGGGAAAAAAUCCAGAACCUAACGUUGGUUUCAUAAAGUGUAGUAAAAGCUAAUAGCGUUUAGCAAGGGCAUUCCAAGACUUGUGGGAAAGGUGUAGUCACUUGUUUCCCGAACUUUAGUAUACAUCAGAGUUACCUUGAGGACAUGAUAAACACAUGUUGCUGGACCUUAUCCCCGGUUUCUGAUUCAGUAGGUCUGGGAUGGAGCCUAAGAAUUUUCUAAGUUCUCAGAUAAUGCUGCUUCUGGCCCAGGGCUCACAUUUUGAGAACUAUCAUUUUAAUAUUUCCUGCAUUUCCCAUGCAAAGUAUACCAUUGGGUAGGCAAGUAAUAGAUGGAGGGUAGUUUCUCUGUAAAACAUUCUAUUCUAAUGAAAAAGGAAGGAUGGAAUUGCUACAUUGCUGUUUUACAGCCUCUCGUGGAGAUAAGGAUUGGUCAGCAGCUACUGACAAUAUGCAAAUAAACACGUUUUUAAGUGCUUUGUGUUGGAGGAACACACUGCUACCUAUGAAGUU